ACAUCCUCAAGAUAUAUAUUGGCUUGUUCCGGCGUGCAGAGAAUCUCACAGGUGCGGAAUAUGAUGCCAUAGACAUGAUACUACUGAAGAAACACGAAAUGGUCUUCAAUUUUGUCUCUGCACUAAUAACAACAAUAUUGCUCUCCGGAGCCAUAGUUGAAGUUAAGGGUCUUCCACUUCACACGGAUUCACGAUGGAUCGUCAACGAAGAUGGGCAGAGGGUCAAGCUGGCAUGUGUGAAUUGGGUGUCCCAUUUGGAAGCUGUGGUGGCCGAAGGGCUCAGCAAAAAGCCCGUGGAUGUCAUUUCAAAUGGAAUAAAGUCCAUGGGCUUCAACUGUGUCAGGCUCACUUGGCCUAUAGUUUUGGUCACUAAUGACUCUCUUGCUUCUCUCACCGUUAGAAGCUCCUUUCAGAACCUUGCCCUCCUUGAAUCCAUUGCUGGUGUCCAAACCAACAACCCCUCCAUUAUCGAUCUUCCCCUCAUCCAAGCUUUUCAGGCAGUGGUGAAAAGUCUCGGUGACAACGAUGUGAUGGUGAUAUUGGACAACCACAUAACCCAGCCAGGGUGGUGCUGCAGUAACUCCGACGGCAAUGGCUUCUUCGGUGACAAAUUUUUUGACCCAAACCAGUGGAUAUUGGGCCUCACCAAGAUGGCCUCCCUCUUCAAUGGAGUCACUAAUGUGGUGGGCAUGAGCUUGAGGAAUGAGCUCCGAGGGCCCAAACAGAAUGUCAACGAUUGGUACAAGUACAUGGUGAAAGGAGCAGAAGCGAUUCAUGCAGCAAAUCCGGAUGUUCUUGUUAUUUUAUCCGGCCUGAAUUUUGAUAAAGACUUAUCUUUCAUUCAAAAUCGGCCAGUGAGCCUCACAUUUAAGGGGAAAUUAGUAUAUGAGGCACACUGGUAUGCCUUCACUGAUGGUCAAGCUUGGGUUAAUGGGAAUCCAAACCAAGUAUGUGGACAAGUGGCAGGAAAUAUGAUGAGAACCUCAGGCUUUUUAGUGAACCAAGGAUGGCCAUUGUUUAUUAGUGAGUUUGGUGGAGACUUGAGAGGUACCAACGUGAAUGACAACCGCUACCUUAACUGCUUCUUGGCAGUGGCAGCUGAGCUUGACUUGGAUUGGGCCUUGUGGACACUUGUUGGUAGCUACUACUUUAGACAAGGAGUUAUAGGAAUGGAAGAGUUUUAUGGGAUUCUUAGUUGGGACUGGACCCAAGUUAGAAAUACCACUUUCUUAAACAGAAUCUCUGCCCUCCAACUUCCAUUUCGAGGUCCAGGAAUAACAAGAGGCAAUCCAUACAAAUUGAUAUUCCAUCCUUUGACCGGUUUGUGUGUCAUAAGAAAGUCAUUACUAGACCCAUUGACAUUGGGUCCUUGCUAUUUAUCUGAUGGCUGGAAAUACACACCCCAGAAAAUUCUAUCAAUAAAAGGAACUUACUUCUGCAUACAAGCAGAGAAUGAAGGGAUGCCUGCAAAACUUGGGAUAAUAUGCUCAGAUCCUAACUCUAGAUGGGAAAUGAUCUCAGAUUCGAAGUUGCAUCUCUCAUCUAAACUCAGCGAUGAUUCUAAUGUAUGCUUAGAUGUAGACGAUAACAACAACAUUGUGACCAAUGCUUGCAAAUGCUUGAGCAGAGAUCGUACAUGUGACCCUAGUAGCCAAUGGUUCAAACUUAUUGACAGCGGAAGGAGAUCAAUGUUGACAACCUCAACAUCAUCCAUGCUAAAUUCAUCAGACCUUUAUGGAAACCAUUAAGCUCAGCAUAAGUUGUUUUAAGAAUAUUACUGUAAAUUUCUCUAACCAUGUACUUAUGUUUUAAUGGCAGGAAAGUGAUGCAUUAAACAUGUCCAUAUGUAUGACUAUUGAAUUCAAUACAUAAUAUACCACUAUUAAAAUA